CGCCGGUCACGUGAUACGGUCUCCAUCGUCGCCAUCUUGAAGCGGUGUCCAAGGGGGUGAAACAAGUAGGGCCAAUAUUUGCUUGUUCAGAAUUAUUACUUCGAGGGAAUGUUCCAAAUACGAACAGUGUGAGUCUGCAGGGUGAGUCUGAGUUUCCCAACAGUUAUUGAACUUUUCAAUCAUAAAGAACUCGAGUCCAAACAGUAUUAUGGAAGAAGGAAGUAGUGUUGCAGUAUUGAUGCCAAAUAUUGGAGAACAGGAGGCUGUACUGAUUUCUGAAACAGUCAUUGGCCCAACAUUGCAAAACAGUGAAGAUCAGAGAAAAUGUAAAACUGAUCCAUUAAUCCAUGUUAUCCAGAAGCUAAGCAAAAUAGUCGAAAGUGAGAAAUCACAAAGAUGCCUUUUAAUAGGGAAAAAACGUUCCCAUUCUGACGCUUCUGCACAGUCCUUUGAUACAGAUCUUUGUGAAAUCCCAGCUAAAGCAAUUGAGCUAUCUGUUAUUGCUACUAAAAAGACUGAAGACUUAAAAGCUGACUAUUUUGUAACUGAAUGUCUUCCACAAAGCAAAAAGAAGGUGACGUGCUACCAGUGCAGUCUAUGUAAAUUUCUAUCACCUUCUCUCUUAACGCUGCAAGAACAUAUAAAACAACAUGGGCAGAAAAACGAAGUGAUACUGAUGUGCUCAGAAUGCCAUUUUACUUCUAAAAACCAAGAAGAACUUGAAUCUCACUUCCAAAAUCACCAUGAGAAUGAAGGUAAAAAUAGCAUCCAGACAAACGUGCAGCAGUGUGUAAAUGCGUCAAGUUCGUUUUUGCAAGGGACAGUGGAAGGAAAUGCCAAAUCAGGGGCUGGAAAUACAGAAUGUAAAGAUACCACUCAGUCUAGUCACAUAUCUGAAAUGGGGAGGAGGAAAUGGUAUACUUAUGAGCAGUACGGCAUGUACCGAUGUUUGAUUUGUCGGUACACCUGUGGUCAGCAACGAAUGUUGAAAACACACGCUUGGAAACAUGCAGGUGAAGUUAAUUGUUCCUAUCCUAUCUUUGAGGAAGAAAAUGAAACUGCCAACUUGUCAGAGACAGCUGUAACUCAUACACCUCAUAGCAUGGAUACAGUUGUUCUUUCUUUGGAAAACAAUGAACUAGAUAUCCAUAGUGAACCUACUCUUCAGCUUCAGAUUUGCAAUUCUGAGCGACUGUCGUGCAAAUCACCAGUAGGAACAAAUGUAAAAGAGGAUGAGAUGAUAAAUCAGUCUGUAGUGCAUUCUCCUACCACAGAGGAGACUGUUUCAGAUACAGAACAGGAUAAUUUGAUAACUGAUAGCCUACUUUCAUCAGCACAGAAAAUCAUUAAUUGUAGCCCAAAUAAAGAGGGUCACGUGAAUGUAAUAGUCGAGCGUUUGCCAGGUGCUGAAGAAAGUGUCUUACAAAAGUCUUACUUGAUGAACACUGACAUUGAAACAGAAAAAAAAUUAAUCUCGGAGGAAUCCCAUGUUACCUCUGAAGAGCCCAAUGGAGUUUAUCAUUCAGGUGAAAUCCAAGAAGUAAUAAUAGGAUGGAAUAAUACUGAAAAAAAAGACAAUGAAUUAAGCUCUAUAAAAAAUGUAACAACUGAUGAAAAUGCACCUCCUGUACGAAGAAGGACAAAUUCAGAGUCCUUACGACUACACUCACUAGCUGCAGAAGCUCUUGUUACGAUGCCUAUCAGAGCUGCAGAGCUAACAAAGUCUAGCUUGAGGACUUUGACUGGGGAAGACUCUGUGGAUGCAGAUACAGGGCAGGGAGAGGCUGAUGGUCCAGGCGUGGCUCGUUCUAGAGUGGUAUCCUCACUUAAGAAUCCAUCAGAGGAGUUUUCUGGCUUAAACCAAAGUGAAUGUGCAAUAGUUGAGAUACAGAAAGAAAGGCCAGAGUUAUCAGAAGCACCAAUUAAAAUGGGCAUCAGUAUGUCUCUACUCACUGUCAUUGAAAAACUGAAGGAGAGGACAGAUCAAAAUGCUUCUGAUGAUGACAUUUUGAAAGAAUUACAAGACAACGCACAAUGCCAAAAUGCAAACGAUGCAAAUAUUCCAGGAAGUAACCUAGUAGAAUAUAUACCUAAUGUAGACCGACCCUACCGCUGUCGCCUCUGCCACUACAGCAGUGGUAAUAAGGGCUACAUAAAGCAACAUUUGAGAGUCCAUCGUCAGAGGCAGCCCUAUCAGUGUCCUAUCUGUGAACACAUUGCUGACAAUAGUAAGGAUUUAGAGAGCCACAUGAUCAACCACUGCAAAACAAGAAUGUAUCAGUGCAAGCAAUGUGAAGAAUCUUUUCAUUAUAAGAGCCAACUGCGAAGUCAUGAGAGAGAGCAACAUGGUCUUCCAGAUAUCUAUUCAACAUCCACGUCUAACAAACUAAUAGUUUCCAGUGAAGUAGAUGAAAGAGAAGGAAGUAAGUCUUCAGUUCAGAAACUGUAUAGAUGUGAUGUAUGUGACUACACCAGCACAACUUACGUUGGCGUACGAAAUCACAGACGAAUUCAUAACUCUGAUAAGCCAUACAGAUGUCGAGUAUGCGACUUCGCCACCACAAAUAUGAAUAGCUUGAAAUGCCAUAUGAGGCGUCACCCCCAGGAGCAUCAGGCAGUGCAGCUAAUGGAACAGUACAAGUGUUCUCUCUGUGGAUAUGUGUGUAGCCAUCCUCCUUCCCUGAAGUCCCACAUGUGGAAACAUGCAAGUGACCAAAAUUAUAACUACGAACAAGUCAACAAGGCUAUUAAUGAUGCAAUUUCACAAAGCAGCAGGUUUCAAGGACAGCUUCCUGACAAAACCUUAUUAGAAGGCACAGAAGAAAGUACAGUAUCUAUUCUAGGAAGUUCAGACAGCCUGGUGUCUUUUACAGAGUCUAUUAACCAGACUAAUAAUGAAAUUUCAGGUUCUGAUGAAAAUGAAAAGCCUAAUUUGAUGAAUACAUCAUGCAGUUUAGAAAAGAACUCCACUCUACCCCAUCUUGGCACAGAAUACUGUGUUCUUCUCUUCUGCUGCUGCAUUUGUGGUUUUGAGUCUACCAACAAAGAAAAUCUGCUGGGUCACAUGAAAGAACAUGAGGGUGAAAUAAUAAAUAUUAUCCUAAAUAAGGACCACAGCACAAAUCAGAACACAAUCUAGGUAAAGCAGUAAGUGGAGGAUAGGGUUUCCUAGAGUGAAUAUUUACUUUCUUUGCUAAUUUUGCCUGAGAAACUAAAGAGAAGAAUUGCAAAACUUGAUGAUUUCCCAUCUUAAGUCCUUGUUUCACUAAGAAUAUAAAAUUUUAACCAGGGAUUGAUGAAUCACUUUAGAGAUAAAUACUGAGAGCAGGGAAGAGAAUAAUCCACGUUAACCUGUUAUUUCUCUACAUGGUGCCAAGAAUGCAGGAUUGUUGCUUUUUUUCCUUUCGUUGACAGGUACUAGUCAGUAAUAAUGCAUUAGUACAGCGUGUUAAAACCCAAAGGUAUGAAAGCUUUAUAUCAUCUGAAAAGCUUUGGAGUUUUCCAAAUAUUUAGGCAAAUAACUUUUUUUACUCUCUUUUUUGAAACUGGCAUCACACCAGAUACAAAUUCACAAUAUGAUCUCAUCUAACUCAGCCUGGAUUCCGGAAGGUAGAGAGGGGAGGUGGGUGAGGACAUGUGUGUGCUUGCACAUACGCCUAGGCAUUUCAUCUUCCCAAUCUAUUUUUAAGGCUUUACAAACUCCAAGCUGUGUUUCAAAAAAGAGUGGUAUCCUGUCUGUUGAUUUAGAGCGCCAGGAGCUGAGUAGCCUAGAAGCAUUUUGCUAGUAACUGUUUCUCCAGUGGGAUCCUAAUAGAAUAUAUCUUUUUAAUUGAUUGUGUGUGAAAGAUUCUUUAUAAUAAUGACCUGCUGUAUGUUAAGGGCUUUAUUAACACAUUCAGCAGAACUAUUUAAAAAAAAACAACAACAUAGAAACAAACAAAAA